UUGUAACAAUAUUUCGUCGAUAGUAUAUCGUAUAACAUUGAAUAGGAUAGUGCGACGCCAUUUUGUAAGUGUAUAUAGUGUUCAAAAUGGCUGUGGAAUACGAGAAAGACCCCUCUGUGAGCAACUUGAGGAAUUACCUUCGAAUACGAUCUGUGCAUCCCAAUAUUAAUUACGCGGAAUGCCUGACUUACUUGCGCGGCCAGGCAGCGGAGCUGGGCUUCCCUGUGAAGGUGUUCGAGCCAGUGCCAAAGAAGCCGGUGCUGGUGAUGACCUGCGAGGGCCAGGAACCGAGCCUGCCCAGCAUCCUGCUCAACUCUCACAUGGACGUCGUGCCGGUUUUUGAGAAAAGCUGGACAUACCCUCCAUUCGAAGCGCGCCUGGUCGACGGUGUCAUCUACGGCCGAGGAGUACAAGACAUGAAAUCUGUCGGUAUCCUGUAUCUGGAAGCCUUGAAGAGGCUCAAGAGCAAGGGCUUGAAAUUUAAGAGGACCAUCCAUCUAACUUUUGUACCAGAUGAAGAAGUGGGGGGCCUUAAAGGUAUGGGCGAGUUCGUGAAAACCGAAGACUUCAAGAAGCUGAACGUAGGAUUCUCCCUGGACGAGGGUCUGGCCAGCGCCAGCGAGUACUACCAUGUAUACAACGCUGAAAGGAGCAUCUGGCAUAUCACAAUGAUAUGCCCUGGAAAGUCCGGACACGGAUCUUUGUUGCUUCCAGACAAUAAUGGAGAAAAGAUUCGGUACAUCAUUGACAAGUUCAUGGAUCUGAGACAAGAAUCGAAGAAGAAGUUAGAAGAGGACAGCAAGCUGACCAUCGGAGACGUCACUACCGUAAACUUGACGAUGCUAAAUGGUGGAAUACAAAACAAUGUGAUUCCAGAGAAAUUGACUGUUAGCUUCGACCUGCGCUUGGCUACUACUGUCGACCAUGAGGAGUUCGAAAAUAUGAUAAAGGGUUGGUGCAAGGAAGCUGGGGACAAUGUGAGCUAUAAGUUCGAUCAGAAGGACCCGUACGUGAGCCCUACAAAAGUUGACGAUACCAACGCAUAUUGGUUGGCUUUCAAGGGGACUUUCGAUAAACUGAAACUCCCGCUCAAAGUCCUCACGUUCCCGGGCGGUACCGAUAGCCGUUACGUCCGCGAGAGGAGGAUCCCAGCGCUGGGCAUCACCCCCUACUGCCACACGCCCCCCCAGAUACACGAACACGACGAGAGUCUCAAAGCCGCUACGUUCCUCCACGCAAUCUCCGUGUAUGAAGAACUUAUACCGACUUUGGCUAAUGUUUAAAGAUGAACAGUAAAAAGCAAUUUAUGUAAAGACAAUUAGCAUUCUCUCAUUCUCUGUAACACUAUUAGAUAAUUAUAGAUUUUAGCACCCAAUCGCUCAAUGUACUUUAAAAAAAUUCACUUACAAAUAAUAUUUUAUUUUAUUGUCCUUUUUCUUCGAGAACUUUUGAACGUCUGAUAACAUUGGUGAAAAUUUGAAAGGCAUCUGACAGGAUGUUAUCAUCCUAUUUUACUUGAACGUCUGUAAAUAACUGAAAUUUGGCAUGUAAGAUUAUGUACAAUAAAGGUUACUAUAUUGUUAUUAUAAGGGUGCGUUGCACCAGUCACUUUGACGUCAACUUUAACUUUUUAAAUGGCUUCUAAUUUUUCUGCGCACUUUCAAGUUAACGUCUAAAGUUGACUAGUACAACGCACUCUACACUCUAAGAGAUGAUUUUCCGAACGGGGAAAAAUAUUUUUACGAGGUAAAACAGACAUAUAAACUUCA